CUGAGGUUCUGUGAAUUAUUCUGAGGUCCAAGACUUGGAAGGAGCUGCCUCAGGACCCGGGGCUGCAACAGGUCACAGUCCCUGAGCGGGGUCCCCCGGCGCACCCCAGUGCCAGGUGCCCCUCACAGUCGCACUGGCUGGGGACUUGUGGAACCCAGGCCUGAGCAGCCAUGUGCUCGCUGCGGGUUUGUGGCCAAAUCCUCCUGCCCAUUUUCGUCUCUAUCUUUCUCAUCCAACUGCUCAUCAGCUUCUCAGAGAACGGUUAUUCCCAAGUGUCCAGGCACAGGGGCAAGCUGAGACCAAAAGCUGUGGAUGAUGACGGAUGUUCAUUAAAGAAAAAUUGUCAGUUGUGCACAGAAGAUAGAACAUGUUUUUGGUGCAGUGAAGAACAGACUUGCAAAAAGUUUUGUCUUUUGCGUUUGGGGUGUUCGAUAAGUUUGGUAUUUUGGUUGAACUGUACAGUUGACUUGUUUGGAUUUCUGAUGCUGCUGCUCAUUGCAAUAUUACUUAUAGCAUUCAUUUGGCAUUGCUGCAUCUUUCAAUGUUACCUGCAGAGGUAUGUUCAUUUAAUCGUUAGUAAGAAUGCACUUCAGGAUAUUGAAGAAAAUACAAAACCAGCUAUCAGGAAUGCUUUUCCUUUUUUUGUAUAA